AUGAGUUUCAUAAAGGAGCUGGUGAACACCACAUGCCAACAGCAGCAUAGGAUCUCCUAGGAGCAGUGGGAAGUACUUAUCUGGUCCUUCAUCGUCUGCAUCUGGGUCCUCCAGAGGUCUCUUAGAACAUUAAUUAUGAUGAUUUUGUCCACCACACUUUCCAAAAAGAGAUGCCUGUUAUUGAACAACCUGUUCGUCAUUGGCAGUGCUGUGAUGAUGCUGUUGUGCAAAACGGCCAUGUCCUUUGAGAUGAUCAUGGUUGGACAUUUCCUCUAUGGCGUUAAUGCAGGUGUUAGCCUCAGUCUCCACCGAAUGUGGUGAUGUAAUGUACCCUUUAACGGCUGUGAGGAAUGGUGGUUUGUGUCUAUGGGGAAGUUUCAGCUUCUGGGGAUCAGUGAGUUAUUGGGGACAGAGGACAGGUGGUUGCUGGGCUUCAGUGGUGCGACCGCCAUGCUCUAGCCUGCCACCCUGUCCCUCCUCCCAGAGUCACCCCGAUACCUGCUGCUGGACCGGGGCGACCACCAGGGCUGUGAGAAAGCCAUCCGCAGGCUGUGGGGCAGCAGAGACCACAGUGUGGAGGUGGAGGAGAUGCUAGUGGAGCAGGCCUCCCUGAAGGGGGUCCACAGCAACACUGUGGUGGACCUGAUCCUGGACCAGGCCGUACACUGGCAACUCCUCGCCGUCCUCGUCACCUUCAAUGCUGUGAGUUGA